CGGAGCCUGGGCCGAAAGUGUUGGAAUGAAUGCUUUAGUGAGACGCUGCGUGGCCCGCGCGGGCCUUCCCUGUAUUUGGAGAGGGAAAUGCUACAGCUCCGGGAAUGAGCCGGCAGAAAGCAACCGGGUGACACCGAUGCUGCGGCAUCUUAUGUAUAAAAUAAAGUCUACAGGUCCCAUCACUGUGGCCGAGUACAUGAAAGAGGUUUUGACUAACCCAGCCAAGGGAUAUUAUGUGCAUCAGGAUAUGCUAGGAGAAAAAGGAGACUUUAUUACUUCACCUGAAAUAAGCCAAAUCUUCGGAGAGCUACUAGGGGUGUGGUUUGUUAGUGAAUGGAUAGCCUCUGGAAAAAGCCCAGCGUUCCAGCUGGUGGAACUUGGCCCUGGUCGGGGCACCCUCACAGCAGAUAUUUUGAGGGUGUUCAGUCAACUUGGGUCUGUGCUAAAAACCUGUGACAUCUCAAUACACCUUGUAGAGGUGAGCCAGAAAUUAAGUGAGAUCCAAGCACUGACACUGACUGAGGAGAAGGUCCCUCUGGAGAGAGACGCUGAAUCCCUGGUGUACAUGAAAGGUGUCACAAAGUCUGGGAUUCCAAUCUCCUGGUACCGAGACCUGAAGGAUGUUCCUGAAGGAUACAGCUUGUAUCUCGCCCAUGAGUUUUUUGAUGUUCUUCCUGUGCAUAAAUUUCAGAGAACACCACACGGAUGGAGAGAAGUGUUUGUUGAUGUCGACCCACAAGCUUCUGAUAAACUGAGCGUGAUGAAAGAAGGGAACAUGUGGAAGUAUGUCCCGAUGCUGGGGUUAUCAUCCAGGAACUGUCCCAGCGCAUUGCAUCAACUG